AUGGCUUCUGCUUCGUUCCGGGAGAGUAUAAAUUCUCUAGGUUGGUCGCGGCGAGACCAAGACACACCAGCGCAAACAGAUUCAUCCACCACACCCAUCCUAUCCAGGCUCCAGUCUUUGAAUCCAUUUGGUAGCGGUGAAGGCUAUCUACGACUGCCUACUCAUGAGCCCGGGGCACCUUUACCGGCAGCCUCGCGGCGAGAGGAAGAGGAGAGCUUCUUUGCACUGAGUCGAUGGGAUCGAAUGCUCAUUUUUGCUGGAUGUAACCUUGGAGCUGCGGUUUGUUUCCUGCUUUGCUUCAUCCUAUGGCCAGCCAUGAUUACAAGGCCCCGCAAAUUCGCCAUUUUAUGGUCCGUCGGAUCAAGCUUGUUUCUGGCAUCAUGGGCCGUGCUUAUGGGCCCUCUCACAUACGCUCGACACCUUCUAUCCGGACCUCGACUACCAUUUACCGCUGCCUACUUUGGCUCUAUCGCGCUGACAUUAUACUUUGCAGUUGGCCUACAAAAGAGUUUCCUAACAUUAUUCGCCGCCAUCUUUCAACUCCUCGCUUUGGUCUGGUAUCUGAUUAGUUAUUUCCCCAUGGGCAGUGCUGGGUUACAAUUCAUGGGCCGGUUUGGUGCGCAACGAGUUGUUUCUUGGGGUUGUCAUUCAUUAUAA